AUGCAGGGAGGAGUUCUCUAUCUUCAUCGAGCUGCACAUCCUCCAGCCGCCCAGACUCGCGGAGUUCCUGUGGCAUUCCUGACCCGCCCAGACUCGCGGAGUUCCUGCGACAUUCCUGACGUAUGGUCUUCCGAAAUCGAGCUGUCACUGGAAGAAGGGAGGAGUUCUCCAACUUCAUCGACCUGCACAUACUCCAGCCGCCCAGACUCGCAGAGUUCCUGUGGCAUUCCUGACGACCAGUCUUCCGAAAUCGGGCUGUCCCUGGAAGAAGAGGGAUGUUCGUCAGCUUCGUGGGACCACACAUAUUCCUGUCUCCCACUAGAGAACAGUCCACUGGAGGCUCAUGCUGAUCAUAGCUACGCCCUUCCUCAAAAUGCUGUUCCUGCUCACGAGUCCAGCGGAGACAUGGCUGACAUGGCGCCGUCGAUUUAUGGACCGUCACCUGAGGACUCUCUCUCUAGCAGUGCCGGUGUACUUUCUCACAGAGAUAAGUGCUCUUUCAUUUUACCUCUUGCACCUUUUUGUUUUGUAUUGUUAAAGUGCACAAAUUAGUCGCCGAACAUAAACAACCAAGGCUAGUUAUAGGUAUCAGAUGACUUGAAGAUACUAAAAUUUAUUCUGAAAGUUGGCGGUACAUACAAGGGUACAUAUAGCACUAUGUCACAGAACACAAGGCCGGAUGGCAGCCAGCUACAAACUGGAGUCAGUUGAAAAUCCACCAUUUAUUUGUGCUUCACAUUAUUAUAUUUAAAGUAAUGUAUACAAAAUGUUCAUAAAGUUUCACAGACGAACCACCAAAACACCUGAAUGGGUUUCACUGAAUGGUAAUGCAAUAAUCUUUUCGCAAAGCCUCGUGUAAGGCAGCAUUUUUUAUAGCUAGCUAAAAACUGCCUGGGCCAUACGUGCAUGAUGCUAACCUUAUUUAAAUUUAAUUUGCACGUAUGUAGUACGUUAUCAAACUUUUCACUGUACCUGGUUUUAAAAAAAAAUUGUGCAACUUGACAAGGAAUGCAAGUUCUUAUUGGCCACCAUUUACAUAUAUAUAAACAUUUUUACAGUUUACUGAUCUGGGUGAUUUGUCACCUUGCAGUAUCAAGCAAGGCCCGCAGCACUGACAAGAGAAAGAUGGACGCACUGAGGGCCAAGGUACCCUUAGCGAAAACUAGGUUACUUUAAGUAU